AUUGGCUGCGUCGGAAAUAUAUGCUCGUGAUUGGUUGCAAGUAGUGGAGCGCGCCUUACCCCAUUCGGCCAUCUUGUAUGUGGAUUCCUCAGGCUCUCCGCUCGUCCCAUCUUUGGGUGCAUGAAGUCGCUGUCCUGGAGUUAAUCGUGUCAUCCACAAUGUUGUCUGAAAGCUCUAUUUCCGUUGCUAUGUCCGCUGUAUCCGAAAUAGAAGUUCUAUAAAAGACCAUCUUCUGCUCUGAUGGCAGUAUAUUCUAUCUCUCAUCUAACCAGCUCUUUCCAAUCUAUCGUAUCCGGAUCUCAAUCAAUCAAUCUUCUCUUCAACAGGCAGGAUGUCUCUUCCCACCAGAACCCUCGGCAAAAAUGGCCCCCAGGUCACCGGCGUCGGUCUCGGACUGAUGAGCAUCGGCGGUGUCUACGGGCCCAAAGGCACCGACGAAGAGCGUUUUGCUUUGCUCGACCACGCCCACGAGAUUGGCGAGCACUUCUGGGAUACGGCCGAUCUGUACUUCGACAGCGAAGAGCUGAUCGGCAAAUGGAUCCGAAAGAAUCCUGCGAAAGCUAAAGACAUCUUCUUAGCUACCAAAUUUGCGAUUACAAUGGGUGCCGACGGCUUUAUCACGUUGAACUCCAGUCCCGAAUAUGUCAAGGCUGCGUGCCAAAGAAGUCUUGACAAGUUGGGCGUUGAGACGAUUGAUCUGUAUUAUUGUCAUCGGGUGGAUGGGAAGACGCCCAUUGAGAAGACUAUUGAAGCAAUGGUGGAAUUGAAGAAGGAGGGAAAGAUUCGCUACCUAGGCCUCAGCGAAGUGAGCGCUGAUACCCUCCGACGAGCGCACGCAGUACAUCCCAUCUCCGCCCUGCAAGUCGAAUACAGUGCCUUCGCUCUGGACAUUGAAGACCCCAAGAUCGACUUGCUUCGAACAUGUCGGGAGUUGGGUGUUGCUGUUGUUGCAUACAGCCCCAUCGGUCGUGGACUUCUAACAGGGCGAUACAAGUCCCACAAGGAUCUCGCUCAUGACCCGUUUCUGGCCUCCUUGCCGCGCUACUCUGCAGAGAACUUCCCGAAAAUCUUGGAUCUGAUCGAAACCUUCAAGACGAUUGCUACGAGCAAGGAAUGCACACCCGUACAGCUGGCCAUAGCGUGGUUGAUGGCUCGAGGGGACGAUAUCAUUCCGAUCCCCGGGACAAGAAGUACUAAGUACCUUGGGGAGAAUGUGGGCGCUAUUCAUGUAAAGGUCACCGACGAAGAACAGGCGCAGAUUAACGAUGCUGUUCAAAAGAGCAUCUUGCAGGGUAGUCGUUAUCCUCAGGGUUUGCCGACGAGUUUUGCCCUGGGAGAUACACCAGCUCUGUGA